AUGCCAGUGCUUGAUGGAAAAACUUUCAAGAUUUAUGCCAAAGAAAAUAAUGAGUUUUGGCAUUAUAAUGGUGCAGGUAGCGCUAGGAUUGUUUCAUCACUAGCCCAACCGGAUGAUUCCUUUGUAAGAUUCAUCUUCCACAAACAACUUGAUGGCUCAUAUAAAAUAGAGUCUCUUGCAAGACCGGCAUUUUAUAUGUACGACGGCUACAACGUUCAGGGUGCACCGUACACGUCAUUACAUGGUCGAGAUAUCGUUGAUGACGACAACAUGCGUUACAUAGUUACCAUGGUAACAGAAGAUACCUGCAGGAUACAGACCAAAGCAUCAGGCCGUUAUGUUCGUCUAGAUGAAGACAAAUAUGUCACAUCAAAGUUGAAUAUCAUUGAUAACAGAUCGCAGCUUAUUUUGUUAGAAUCAUAACUCUGAUUCAUUCGAGUUAAUGAA